GGUGGCGGUGGAGGACAGACAGCAGCGGAUUCUUCUCUAGAGGAUGUACCGUGUUACCGGAGGGAAACGGCGGAGAGUCUUUCCGGGGGCCCUUCCGUGAGAAACGAACGAGGACGGAGCGAACAGACGCGGAUUUUGGACUCGAUCUCUGCGAAUGACACAAAGUGCUGGGAGGAUUUCGCUGUAUUUGAGCGCUCCAGAUCGUCCGUCCCGUCUCACACGAUGCUGAACAUGUAAAGAUCCGGACUGAGGGGUCGCCCUCCAGGGCCGUCGUCUCUCUUCAUCUGGGAUCAUGUUCUAGAGUCGACCCUGCGCAGCAAUCAUGAAAGGCUUAGGGGCCAAUCGUGGCCGCCAUCUGUCAGAGACCUGCGACCCCAGCGCGGGCCCCCAGGAGCCCCUGUGUCCAUUGGCCCCGGACCCCCACGCCACCUUCCUCCUGAGCCCCACUGUCAACCACUACGCCACUCUUGAUCCUCACCUCCAUCAUUUUCCUGUGUCCACCCCGACGACGCUGCAGUCGGACUAUCUCCUGCCCCUGAACAACCAGCUGAGCACCAGCAGCACCUUCCCUCGCCUCCACUACACCACCCAGCAGGAGCAGAGCGACUACACACAGGCUUGUGUGGCUCAGACUGGCAGUCACUCGGGCACGCUCACGUCCUCCAUGUCCAUGGGCAUGGGUUUGGGUCUGGGACUGGGCGCUCCAGCUAUGAUCAGCAGCGGCACAGCCACCAUCUCAUCCGCGGCGGCCGCCAAGAUGAACCGGCUCCCGGCCAACCUGCUGGACCAGCUGGAGCGCCACCUACCCCUGCAGCGGGACGGCUUCAGCACGCUGCAGUUCCACCGGCGCAGCCGCGGCUCCAAGCAGCGCAGCGAGAGUCCCAGCCGCAUCCGCAACCUGGUGCAGUCCGUCCAGAAGCUGUUCGCCAAGUCCCAGUCCAUGGAGGUGUCGGCGGUCAAAGGGAGCAUCACCGCGGGCCCAGCCGGAGACGCGGCUAAAGCGGCCCGCCGCAGCAAAAGCAAAGACCGCGCCAAGACCGAAGGCACCAAACGCCGUCCGCGACCCAAUCUCUCAGGCUUCUGGAGCUCAGAUGACGGUUUGGAGGACGAGGCGCCGGCUCAACCCGCCGCCGGGCCGAUAGCAGUGGCUUAUCGAAACCCUCUCAGCAUGAUGACACUCGGUCGGGCCGUGUCGGACAGUCAGGCGGCUCCCAGAACACAUCCGCAGGGCUACAACACCAUCGCAGCACAUACACUCAAAUCCUCCAAGAGCAGUGGAGAUCUCAAGCCCACCGUCAGCCUGCCGCCCUCCACGGGCCAGACGGGGGAACACUCGCUGGUCAAGAGGGGCUCGUGGUCCACGCUGACCCUCUGUCAGGCUCGACAGGUGCUCCAGAAGGGAUCCGCCACCGUCAACCGCACCCUGCUCAAGUCCAAGUCCUGCCACGGCCAGGAGAUGACCUGCAACUUCCUCCAGGUGCCUGCGGGUGACUGGAGCGGGACGACGGGUAAGGGAGGCGGCGGUGUGGGGGAUAUCCCGUGCAGACGGAUGCGCAGCGGCAGUUAUGUUAAAGCCAUGGGAGACAUGGAGGACAGCGAGGACUCGGACGGACCCCCUUCACCCAAACCCUCGCCCAAAACCGCCGCCAGACGCCAGAGUUACCUGAAGGCCACACAGCACUCGCUCAGUGAACAGCAGCCGCCGCUGCUACCCCCUCGCAGCUGUAUGCCGUCUCUAUGCGAGGUCUCCACCAAUCGCAGCCUGGAUAACCUGGAGUGUCUGAUGGGAGCCAAUGAGGCGGCUCUGCAGCACUGGGACGCUGAUGGGGGCUUCGGUCAGCACUGCUCCACACUAGGACGAGGCUCCACCAUGGGACAGGUGGAGCAGGGCUACCGGAGCGGCACGGCGUACGGUCAGCUGGACUCUCAGGCGCUGGAGGCCUUGGAUCUGCCCACACCCAGCUGCUUCCGCUCGCGGAGCCACAGUUACCUGCGCGCCAUCCAGGCCGGCUGCUCUCAAGACGACGACACGGGCUCCGCAGACUCCGACGAGACGCCCCCCAUAACCUCAUCCAUCAGCAGCUACAGCAGCACCACCGUCUCCACGUGUACGGCCGUCUAUAAGAAGAAUCCUCCGCCUAUUCCUCCUCGAACCACCUCCAAACCCUACAUCGCGGUGACGGUCCAGAGCAGCACCGAAUCGGCCCAGGACACGUACCUGGACAGCCAGGACCAGCGCAGCGAGGUCAACAGCCAAUCAGGACGCAGCAACUCCUCCGACAGCAUCGCCAGCUCUCGGACGGGGAGUCUGGUCAAGGCCAAGCGGCCACCCAUCCUGCCCCCAAUCCCCGCCCCGCGGGAACCCGUGCCCCUGCCCAGCGCCAGAGUGACCACGCCCCCUCCCACCAUAGUCCCGCCCUCUCCCGCCCCAGACGCCAAAAACCAGCCAGCGAGCCUCACAGUGGCACUUAGCGAACCGCAAGCCCCGCCCAAAAGAAAGCUCUCCUCCAUUGGCAUUCAGGUGGACUGUGUGCAGCCGAUUCUGAGAGAGGAGCAAACUCCCACCACCAGGUUCCAGUCCAUCGGGGUUCAGGUUGAAGACGGCAGGCCACUCAGUCGCUACACUAGCAUGGCGUCUAGACAGGAGACGACGGAGGCCGAAUCUCAGUCCGACGGUAAACCCUCGCAGAACAAGACGCCCCACCAGAGUCUGGACUGCAGCAGCGUUCUCAAACCCUCGCUGCAGGAGAAGCUGGACCCAGCGCUGGACCCGUCCUCCCUCCCACCGCCCGACCCGUCUCUGCAGGCUGGGAGCAUGAACGGGGCCGUGGAGCAGCCUGGGGGUGCGGCGUGCCUCAGGGACGGGUGCUGGUUCCAGAAACUUCUUCAGGCCGAGGCCGAACGCAUGGAGGCCUGGUGUCAGCAGAUGGAGCAGGAGACCAAAGAUAAACCGCUGUCAGAGGAGGUUUUGGGGAAGGUGCGCAGUGCCGUAGGAAGCGCUCAGCUCUUGAUGUCUCAGAAGUUCAAGCAGUUUCAGGGUCUCUGUGAGCAGAACCUGGAUGCGAGUGCUCAGCCGCGGCCCACAGCGCAGGAUCUGGCCGGGUUCUGGGAUCUGCUGCAGCUCUCCAUCGAGGACAUCAGCAUGAAGUUUGACGAGCUGCACCUCCUCAAGUCCAACGACUGGAAGAUGUGCGAGACCCAGGACAAAAAGGAGGAGAAGAAGUCGGCUCCGUCCCACACACCAAAGAAGACGGUGAAGGUCAAACCCAGCGGAGGAAAGGAGAAGAGCAGCGACUCGCUGGCCGACAAACAGCGUCAGGAGGCCAGGAAGAGACUGAUGGCGGCCAAGCGAGCGGUUUCUGAACGACAGAACUCUGCCACCGAGAGCGCCGAGAGCAUCGAGAUCUACGUCCCCGAGGCUCAGACGCGACUCUAACUAACCCCAAAAUAACAAACUCCUGACGAGGACACGCGCACCGGGGGGUCGGAAACCACACGAGCAAAAAAAAAACAUGAAAUCUGAAGAGCAAAAAAAAACGGAAUUGGAACGCUGCCACAGAAGAACCUCCCCUCGACGUUAAAAUUCUAAAUGACGAUGAUUCUAAAUGUUCUAAAAGUUAAUUAUCUCAUGGAACUAUAUCAAGACUCUUUGUGUAAAUUGUGCUAAUAUCUCUGAUGAUCUCAGACCCUUUACCCGCUUCUCACGUCACAUGACCCACAGCAUGCACUCAGGACCCCGCACCCGUGCACUUGUCUUCCUGCUCUCUGUUCAGUUCCCUUUCCCACCAAGGUUUUGGACGUUCUCGCUCCAAUGGAAAUGUUUGGAUGGCCGUCGGAAGCCUCCACUCGUUGUGUUUGAUUCACUCCAGUAAAGUUGAACACAGAAACACGUCCAGCUUGGUUUGUUUUCACGUAAAAGCGCUUGGAGCACCACCCGGUCUCUGCUUAUUUAAUAGGGUUCAAAAAUGACCACUCCACUUUGUUUUUAUGAUGAAUGUUUUAAAAACUCGACAACAAUGUCCAGAUUUUUACUUGGGCCAAGUCUGUUUUGUAAUAUUAUUAAUAUUAUUAUAAUUUCAGUGUGUUUUUGUUGUCCAGUCAUUCCAUGUGUUUCCAGCACACGGUCUCCGUGUGUGUGACCAAUCAGAGCCCGUCAUUUGUGAUCGAAGAUGUUUUUUUUCUUUUGUCCGAUAUUAAAAACUUCCGUCACCCAGGUCUUGCUGAUUUGGAAAGGUUGUUUCAGAUUUGUCAGUACUUACACAAAUGCUUUGCUUCUAGUUUUUGGUGCAUAUUAAACUGCCCGUUUCUUCAUGUGCCAAAGGAGGGAAAUGAAAUUUGAUGCCACUUUCGUUAACAAUACGUUCAUUUUUCAGAGUUUGUAUUCCAUUAUAAGCAUUAAAGGAAUAGUUCAUCCAAAAAUUUGCUGGAAAUGUCCUCACCCUCUGGUCAUCCAAGAUGUAUAUGAGUUUGUUUCUUCAUCACAUUUGUAGAAAUGUAGCAUUCCAUCCCUAUGGAUGUGAAUGGGUGCCGUCAGAAUGAGAGUCCAAACAGCUGAUAAAAACCUCACAAUAAUCCACACAUCACUCCAGAUCAUCAGUUAAUGUCUUGUGAAGCCAAAAGUGGUGUGUUUUUAAGAAACAAGUCCAUUAUUAAUAUGUUUUAAAUUGAUAUUGUUGUUUCUGGAUUAAAUACGAGUCCUGAAUCCAUGUGCUGAUGAAACACUCAUUUUCAUCUUGCUUGGCCUGAGAAGUGAUUGGAUGAGUCAUUUUUGAGUGAACGACUCCUUUAAGAGCAUCAGAUCUGUAUCAGACCUCGAAGCUUCCCGCUGACUCACG